AUGGAGGGCAGCCUGCAGCCGCUCAGCCUGCGGAGGGGGCCCGAGGAGGCGGGGGACAGCCAGGCCCUCGCCAAGCUGCGGGAGUUGGCCCUGACGUGGUUCAUGGAGACACAGGCACCCCUCAUCCUGCAGGACGGAGCCCUGCCCCCCUGGUUUCACGGAUUCAUUACUCGCAAGCAGACGGAGCAGCUGCUUGGGGACAAAGCUCCUGGCUCCUUCCUCAUCCGCCUCAGCGACCGGGCCACCGGCUACAUCUUGUCCUACAGCUGGACCACCCACGGCCACACUGGCUUGUGUUGUAGGGGCAGUGACCGCUGUCGGCACUUUGUCAUCAACCAGCAGCAGGACCGGCGCUACCUGGUCUCGGGAGACACCUGCAGCCACGGCACCCUGGCUGACCUCGUGCGCCAUUACCAGGUGGUGCAGUUUGAGCCCUUUGGGGAGAUCCUGUCUACUGCCUGCCCCCGGCCGGAGGACAACGAUCUGUAUGAUGCCAUCACCCUGGGCCUCCAGCACACCAGUCUGGGCCUGGAAAAUCCACCUGCCUCAGCAUCCCCCAUGGCGGCCCCAAACAAGGCUGCCAGCCCCUGGCCCCGCCUAAAGCCGCAGGUCCCCUUCCUCCACACCAAGAAGAGUCUGGGUGCGAGUUCCUGCAGCUUCUCUGAGGAGACGGUUCUGCCUCUGUCUCCCCAGGUCCCCGUCAGGGUGCCUCCCCUCCCUGAGAGGAGCGCCUCCCUUCUGGACGAGUCCUUUGGAAGCUCCAGCAACAGCAUCUACUCAGACCUGAGGAAAGUGAACCAGGCACGGCUGGGCCUGGGCGCAGAGGUGUCCGGCAGGCCCAGGCCAGCCCCAUCUGGCAGCCAGCCCAGCUCCCCGGGCAAGGCGCCGGAGAGGACACUCUCGGCCGGAGGCCAGAACAAGCCUGAUGGCCCGGGGCCUGCCGUCUCUGGGGUGAGCCCCGAGCAGGGUCCUACGGUGCCUCCCAUGCCCUGGGGCCACCUCCUGCCCCCUGCUUCUGAGGCCCUGGGAUCCUCGGCUGCCCCCUGGAGCCAGGCGUCUCCGAAGCUGAGCCACAGGGCUCAGCCCUGCUCCCAGGGCAGUUCUGCAGACACUUUUGAGUUCCUGCAGACAACAGGUCCCCCAUCAGGGCCCAGGGACGUGCCAGACCAAGAAGGCAGUGCCUACGCGCAGGUCCCAGUGCGCUGGGGGGGCCCAGCCAGGCCCUUGGGUCCCGGGACCAGUCCUCCAUCUAGCAAGCCACCAGGACCCACAGACUACGGCUAUGAGAGGCUCUCAGGGGCCCAAGAGAUCCCCAAGCCCAGGAACACCUAUGAACAAACCCCAGCAGCCAGGAGCAAGGAGACUGGACGGACACACAAGGUGGGCUCCAUGGUGGGCGGGGGUGGCCGCCGGUAGGAGGGAUCAGUGGCCCUCAUGCAUGAGCAGGCCAGGUCACUGCUGCUGUCCUGAGGGGCCCAGAAUUUUCCAGAAGUAACGUUAUGCUUGGAGGUGGUGGGAGGGGUUGUUGCUCAGCUUGGAUGUAAGGGGUGGGGGCUAGAAGCCCCUUCUGGGGGCUUUCUCUGCAGACCAGGUUUCUCUGCCCUGGCCACUGUGACAGGUGGACAAGGGGCCCUGGCUCCAGGCCGGACUUGCCUUGGCCCUCGUCAUGGCUCAGCCACCCCCCAGUUUCCCUGGCAACAACUCUCCCCAAGAGUAUGUCCCAUAUACUGCGAUUACUCCUCAUUUAUCUGAAAUUCAGAUUUCACUGAGCAUCCCGUAUUCUCAUUUAGCAA